UCUCUCUCUCACCCGCACUGAGUACACACGCAACAUGGAAACUUUGGAAACAGAGGCAGCACGAAGCAAGGAAGUGACAGACGUAGACGAAGAGGAGCAGUCACCAAUAGAGCAAGUCCGGCUGACGGUACCCACCACCGACGACACGUCACUCCCGGUAUGGACAUUCCGAAUGUGGUCCCUGGGCUUGCUCUCCUGCGCCCUCCUCUCCUUCCUCAACCAGUUCUUCUCCUACCGCAGAGAGCCCCUCAUCGUCACCCAGAUCACCGUCCAGGUGGCCACCCUCCCCAUCGGACGCCUCAUGGCCUCUUUUCUCCCCACGACCAAGUUUCGGAUCCCCGGCUUCGGGCCCCGCCACUUCUCGCUCAACCCUGGCCCCUUCAACAUGAAGGAACACGUCCUCAUCUCUAUAUUUGCUAACGCUGGAAGCGCUUUUGGGAAUGGUUCUGCUUAUGCUGUCAAUAUCUUUGACAUCAUAAAGGCUUUUUAUCACAGGAGGAUCUCUUUCUCCUCUGCUUGGCUUCUUAUCAUCACUACCCAGGUCUUGGGAUACGGCUGGGCUGGGCUCUUGAGGAAGUAUGUGGUCGAGCCGGCUCAUAUGUGGUGGCCCAGCACUCUUGUUCAAAUCUCUCUCUUUCGGGCAUUGCAUGAAAAAGAAAAGAAAGAGUAUGGAAAGAAGCCCCAGUUAUCACGAGUGAAAUUCUUUGUGAUCGCCUUGGCUUGUAGCUUUUGCUGGGAAUUGUUCCCCGGGUACCUAUUUCAAACCCUACAAAGCAUUUCGUGGGUCUGCUGGGCCUUUCCCAAGUCAGUCACUGCCCACCAAAUCGGGUCGGGUUUGAAGGGACUUGGGAUUGGGGCCUUGACCUUGGAUUGGACAACAGUGGCUUCCUUCCUAUUCAGUCCUCUAACAUGUCCCUUCUUUGCAAUUGCUAACGUCUUCGUAGGGUAUGCAUUGAUAGUCUACGUUGUAGUUCCCAUUUCCUACUGGGGGUUGAACUUGUACAAUGCUAAAACUUUUCCCAUUUAUUCGGCGGACUUGUUCUCUGCUCAAGGUCAGAAAUACAAUAUCUCAUUGAUCGUCAAUGACAAGUUUGAGUUAGAUCGUGCACAGUAUGAUCAGCAAGGGAAGAUCCAUUUGAGCAUAUUCCUUGCUCUUGCCUAUGGCUUUGGCUUUGCAACUAUUGCAUCCACAGUUUCUCACGUGGCUCUGUUCUAUGGAAGGGAGAUUUAUGAUCGAUAUCGAGCUUCUUCAAAAGGGAAGGAGGAUGUUCAUACAAGACUAAUGAAGAACUACAAGGACAUACCUUCAUGGUGGUUUCAUUUGCUUCUACUUGUGACUCUCGCAGUCUCCCUUGUACUCUGUAUCUUCCUGAAAAAGGAGGUCCAGAUGCCUUGGUGGGGACUUCUCUUCGCAGCUGCUCUCGCCUUCAUCUUCACCCUUCCCAUCAGCAUCAUAACUGCUACGACAAAUCAGACCCCAGGGCUAAAUGUCAUCACGGAGUACAUAAUGGGAACAAUAUUGCCUGGAAAACCAAUAGCCAAUGUCUGCUUCAAGACAUAUGGGUAUAUGAGCAUGAGUCAGGCAAUCUCAUUUCUUAAUGAUUUCAAACUAGGGCACUACAUGAAGAUCCCUCCAAGAUCAAUGUUCCUAGUACAGUUCCUUGGAACCAUCAUAGCUGGAACAAUCAAUCUUAGCGUGGCAUGGUGGCUUUUGAACACUGUCGACAACAUAUGCCAACCAAAUAUUUCUCCAAACAGUCCCUGGACAUGUCCCAACUCCCAUGUCUUCUUCGAUGCGUCUGUUAUCUGGGGUUUGGUUGGACCUCGCCGCAUAUUUGGCACUCUCGGAAACUACUCAGCCCUUAACUGGUUUUUUCUUGGGGGAUUAUUGGGACCAUUUGCAGUAUGGCUGCUACACAAGGCAUUCCCAAAUCAAUCUUGGAUUCCCCUCAUUAACCUACCGGUGCUCCUGGGAGCAACAGGCUAUAUGCCACCAGCAACAACGUUAAACUAUACUUCCUGGAUUUUGGUCGGAACAGUCUUCAACUUUUUCAUCUUCAGGUAUCGAAAGAAAUGGUGGCAGAGGUAUAAUUAUAUCCUGUCGGCAGCUUUGGAUGCUGGAGUCGCGUUCAUGGCUGUUCUGCUUUACUUCUCUCUGGGCAUGGAGAACAGAAACUUGCACUGGUGGGGUUCUAACCCUGACAUUGACCUUGACCACUGUGAACUCGCAUCUUGCCCCACUUCCAAGGGUAUAUCAGUCGACGGCUGCCCAAUAUUCUAAGUCUCAAUUAAAUCAAUCUAAGAAACAGAAGGUGCAUGCUUGUUGUAUUGUUAAUAAUUGAGGUUCUUAAUUUAUAGUAGGCCUCUAUAAAACUCUACUUCUGAUUGGUGUACAUUUUGCUUUCAUGAAUCAUGCUUGAUUUAUGUGUGGGAUAUUAA